AAAAUUUUCAACAGCAAAUGUUUGCUUUUUACUCUAAAAACCAGUGGGGAAACGCUGGAAUGAAUAAAAGGAAUGAUUUUUUUUGAAUCUGUUCAAAUGCAACAUGUUCUUUAGAUAAAUACACUAAACUAAACCGAAGAAGAAACUAUUGAGUCUGUAAUGCCUACAAAAGUUUCAAAACCGUUUAUCAAAAAGUCCCAAAUAAAAGCCUGUGUUAAGUGCAGACUUCGUAAGGUUAAAUGCGAUCGACAAAUUCCUUGUUCCCGCUGUAAAGAAAGCAAUGAAUCUUGCAUUUAUGGAGAAAACGUUGUGGAUAGCCAGAAAGACGACUUAGGUACGGAAGAUAGAGAAGCAACAAGGAAGCUAAAAGAUGCCUCAUCAUUACCGAAUCAUCUUGAAAUAGAGCGUAGGAAAUGGGGCUUUGUUGGUUGGAGAAACCUCGUGGAGUUAACGGGUCAUAAACUAAAAGGCUCUUUCCUCAAAGAUGUCGAUUCUUUAAAUGAAUAUUUAAAAAAAAAUCCUUCUACGAUAAAGAUUUUACGAGAUUUAAGAAAACUUCUUCCUCCUCUAGAGAUAUGUAGAUGCUUAAUUCAGCGAUAUUUUGAUACUCUCGAGGAAGUGAGCAGCAUUUUCGACGAAGCACAAAUUCAACAGUACCUUUCUGAUAUGGAAAAUUCGGCGGUAAUUCCGGAAACGAUACUUGUCAUGUUUUCGGCUAUCAUAUCUACAGUAUUAUCAUUCGGUGAAGCACCUAUAGAAGUUGUAAAUUAUCUUACGUCUAUAGGUACAAAUAGGUCUAAUUUCUGUUUAGAAGUCGAACUGAAAAUAAAUGAGCUCUUACAAGAUGAAGAAGUUGAUCGUCUUUGGAGAGACACCGACAGGAUCCGACUUCACGCAUUAAGAGCUCAGCGUAAUGAAAGGACAGAAUUUCGGAAGCUAAAUAAUGAUCUGUGUAAUGCUGUUCACAUCGCCUGUUUUGUAAAUCCUAUUUUUCAAAAGAUGGAUUCGGAUACUGGAUCAGAAGCAAAAACUUGGUUAGCGGUGUGCGAGAUUGAUGCAUUAGAUUGUGUACUAAAAUCUUGUCCACCUUGGAUCCAACACGAUAUCUAUGGAAUAUUAACACCUCUGAAAAGUAAUUACUCUGACGAUAGUAUUUACGAAUUUCAUUGUAUACUUGGCAAACUUUUGAAAUGUGGUUUGGAGGUAUAUAAAUCAAUACAUUCAUCAACUGCUGUUGAAUUUAUCGAUACCAUUCCUCACUUUGAGACAAAAUUAUCAUUAAUUUUGAUGGACAUUGAGUCCAAUUCUUCCUCUGCUGCUUCCGGUGCCAUCUUUCGAGACUCAUUUUUGAAAGUUAUUUUCUGGGUGGUCCGUAAAAACUUAUACCAGUAUUUUAUUGCUAUAUCUCCUGUGUCACUUUCUAAUUAUGAGAAACUCAUUCGAAAUUUGACACAAACAUUGAAACAACUGAGCCGUAUUAUAACCAACUCUAUAAAAAUUUUCGAAGAGUACGGAUGGCUUAAUUGUAUGUUAAUUCAAGUGAUUCAUACCUUUUUUCUCUUGUAUUUAUGCUCAGAUAAAGGAUUUAGUUUACAAGAUGAUUUCCUUAGCUCAGUAUCAACUAUACAAGGAAUUAUCAAAACUAAACAAUACUCUGGGCGACUUUGGAUGAAGUUGCAUAAUCUUUUGCAAGCAUUAGCUGAUGGAGUUUCAUCACAUCCAGAAUUGGAAGAUAAUGCUUUUGAACAAAAUGACGAAACUUUUUUUGACAUGUUUUCCGAUAUUUUUGACUCGAAUUUUAAUUUUAUAAUGCCUACUAAUUUAUAGAGAGAAUCAAAAGGAUAGUGGCAUAUGCUUUUUGAGUUUAACUGUUAUACUGUUAUAAACUCCUAUUUAAUUUUAAAAUAAAUUUCCUCCCUGUAUCAUCAGUGGCAGCUUUUUAAAAACUUUAAUGAAAGAUCUUAGUUGUUUGCAUUCAAG